AUGGCAGAAGGAAUUGAUAGAAAGACGGAUGACCGUAUGGAGUUCACAACUUCUGCGGAUGUUACUGUCGCGCCAACCUUUCAAGAUAUGCAUCUUAAGGAAAAUUUACUCCGUGGUAUCUACGCAUAUGGUUACGAAUCUCCUUCCGCUGUUCAGUCUCGUGCGAUUGUUCAAAUCUGCAAAGGUCGUGAUACUAUUGCUCAAGCUCAAUCUGGUACUGGUAAAACUGCAACCUUCUCUAUCAGUAUGCUUCAAGUCAUCGAUACCGCCGUCCGCGAAACACAAGCCCUUGUCCUAUCACCUACUCGAGAACUUGCGACCCAAAUUCAAUCAGUUGUCAUGGCGUUGGGCGACUACAUGAAUGUACAAUGCCAUGCUUGUAUCGGAGGUACCAACGUUGGAGAGGAUAUCCGCAAGUUGGAUUAUGGACAACACAUUGUUUCUGGAACUCCAGGUCGUGUCGCUGACAUGAUUCGUCGUCGAAACCUUCGCACUCGUCAUAUCAAGAUGUUAGUUCUUGAUGAAGCUGAUGAGUUGUUGAACCGUGGAUUCAGAGAGCAAAUCUACGAUGUUUACCGUUACCUUCCACCUGCAACACAAGUAGUUGUCGUUUCCGCUACCCUCCCAUACGAUGUUCUCGACAUGACUACCAAAUUCAUGACCGAUCCUGUUCGUAUUCUAGUCAAGCGUGAUGAGUUGACCUUGGAAGGUUUAAAACAAUACUUUAUCGCCGUGGAGAAGGAAGAAUGGAAAUUCGAUACCCUCUGCGAUCUAUACGAUACCCUUACCAUUACUCAAGCUGUUAUCUUCUGCAACACAAGAAGAAAGGUGGAUUGGUUGACGGAUAAGAUGCGUGAAGCCAACUUUACGGUAUCUUCGAUGCAUGGAGAGAUGCCUCAGAAGGAGAGAGAUAGCAUUAUGCAAGAUUUCCGUCAAGGAAACUCUAGAGUGUUGAUCUCUACGGAUGUUUGGGCUCGUGGUAUUGAUGUUCAACAGGUUUCAUUGGUUAUCAAUUAUGAUCUACCAGUCAAUCGUGAGAACUACAUUCAUCGUAUUGGUAGAAGUGGUAGAUUCGGAAGAAAGGGAGUUGCGAUUAAUUUCGUGACUAGUGAGGAUGUUAAGAUACUGAGAGAUAUUGAGUUGUACUACUCAACUCAAAUUGAUGAGAUGCCAAUGAAUGUUGCGGAUCUCCUUACUUAG